CUAACUACUCAUUAUCAGGGCUGGUAUCAUAUAAUAUAAUAUAAAAUGAUAAUAAUCGUUUUCAGGAUUUAGUUAUUUUCCAUGUUUUGAUAGAAUUUUUGUACUUCCAGUUUAGGCACAUAAUAAGUUUAUCGAAAAUAAUCGGAUGGAGGCAAAGGUUGGAACACCUGCUUGACAUAAACAACAUUUGUUACACAUCAUUUCAUUAUUGUGUUGUAAUUAAAGUUUGCACAUUGGAAAUUUGGUCAAAAUUUAAGUUUUAUUAUGUCUGAAUCAAAACUUGAUACUAAAGUCAAAAAGUGCGAUAAGACUAGAAAGAGUUAUAAGAAAAAAGAAAAGGGGAAACUUGCACCAUUAAAUCAUUAUGCGAAGAAGAAAAUUUUAGCUUUUUUACAAAAAGAAGAAAUCGGUAACUGCGAAACUUUAACGAAGAAAUUUUCUUGCGAUCCACGUGAAUUAGAAAAAUUUAUCAAUAUGCAUGCUAGGAACUCCGAAAUUGGUGUGCAAUUCGAAUGUAAUUCCACGACACUUCGUUCAAUAUUAAGUUGGAUUGAAGGUUUUAGAAAUAACAGUUUAAAUACUACAGGGAUUAAAGAGCUGCCUCUUGUUUUAAAAGCAAUUAGUCGAUUAGAAACUCAUCCUUUACCAGUCGAGUGUGGUGGAGUAAAUUUGAAGGAGCUAUAUUUAUUUUUAGCUAAAGUUAUGAGCGGAGAACCAGUUCUUGAACUGAAUGAAAAAAAUAGAAGUUUUCUUUGUGAUAUUUUGGGUGGCUUAAUAGAUGACAUAAACAGUGCUGAAGGAGAUGAAAAUGUUGCAAAGCUGCGAGAUGAAUUUUUGAAUCAAUUUUCAAAAGAAAAAAAAAUUGUGUAUUUAAAGGACCAAAUGCUCCAAAUUGGGAUAAAUCCGUUAAUGCUAAAUUUACAUUGAAAUAACUUUGAUGUUUUGUGCAUUUUCCUCUUGUGUUACUAUGAUAACAAGUAAAUUUAUUAAUAUAUUGGAAUUUUCUAAAGUUUCGUUUAUAAUUUUUGUCAAUUUGUUAACGUAUGUACCUUACUGUGAUAUCGUGAAAAAGGUGAUAGAUAAAAGAAAAAUUCUAGAAUGUACACAAUUGGGAUAAUGAAGUAGCGAAAAGAUUGAAUUAUAGUAAUACAUAUAGUACCGUUAUGCUAACAGACUUCGAUAGAAAAAAUGCAAAAGUUUGUAUUUUUUCGUUAGCAGGAUUAUAUUUACAUACAAAUGUUAUAUAUGUAGAUAUAUAAUUAUAAUAAAUAAAUAACGUGUAGAUAUAUAAUUACAAUAAAUCAAUAAUAUGUAAUUAUAAUAAAUCAAUAACGUCACGUAAGUUCAGUCAUAUUCAAUGCGCAGUCAUCUCGAAGAAAAACGAUUUUGAAUAAGGAUAUGAGGCAUUUUUGCAUUUCGUGUUUUUUAAAUACAUAUUUGUUGGUUUUUUCACUUUAAUCGAAAUUUGUAAACUUUUAUUAUGGUAUGAAAUGUUUAAAUAGUUUGCAAGGUUCGUAGUGCACAUUUUUUGACGAUUUUUUUAGUUGUGUAUUCUUGAGGAAAUUGUUUAAGUGUUAAGGCUUUUUUUGCAUAAUUUUAUUACUAGCGGUGAGAAAAUAUAAAUCAUAGUUUUAUUAAAUAUAAAAUAAAAAUAAGAAUUUUAUUCUAAUAAUUGAUUUG